AGUAUAGUAGCGAGCCCAGCGCGCGCGAUAUAGCUCCGAGCUUGUAUUUGUCUAAUAUCAGAGGUGGUUAUUAUACAGCGUGUGUUUACAUUCUUCGCUUAUAUAUACGUUACGUUUCGCGUAUUAGGGCCAGAGGUGUGCGUGAUACAUUUUCUCUCGCUCGCUUUAUUGAUUCUCUUUAUGUUUUAUACAGUGUAUCGUGAUAAUAUAAGUGAUUAACGAAGAUACGCGCAUAGCUCGUUUUUAUUAUUUAAUUAUAUUUUAUUCUUGAAGCGGAACAAUUAACGUCGAGAAGAAAAAUGAAGAAUCUGAAGAAGUACUACCGUGACAAUGUUUUUCGCAUCGUUGAUUAUAUCCACGAUUAUCGUCAGAAUGAGCGAUACAAAAACAAUCAUCUCGAUGCUCUUAACGAGUUCGUAUACAAUGGAGUUUCUAACGAACAUUUAUUUGAAAAUAAAAGUACACCAGACACGCACAAUCCGAAGAAUUACAAAAUCGAGGAUAAGUCACCGAGACGAAACACAAGUACGAUGGAGCCCAGUUACAGCCAAACCCAAAAUUAUUAUCAAGAUCCUCGGUGUUUCGGCAUGCUAUCGUCAAGAUAUCAUCUGGAUGAGCACGUGAAAUCGAAUCGUUGGGAAGACGCUAAUUAUUACGAUGUAAACGUAAAGUACGGAAUUUAUCGAGCGAAACAGCAAAACUCACGAAAGACCUACUGGAAUUUAAAAUUCGGCGAGAAGAAGAUUAGUAUGGAAACCAAUUUUGAUUGUUUUACCCACCAAAUGUGACAUUUCCGAGUAAACGUAACAUUUUCUACGUAAAAUUUUCUUUUUCAACGUGAUUAUUUGAAAGUAUAUGACGUUAGAUAUUGAAAUCGCGGUUUUCAAUUCAUUCAAAUUGAAAUUAUUUAGGUAUUAAAAUCAUUUGAUAAUAUAUUUCUUCGUAUUAUUUAGAUGCAUAAUACGCAAUGUUCACAACAAAUAGAAAUGACUAGAGGCACCGAAUGGUAUUUUUCUCAUUUUUCUAUAUGUUUUAUAAGCGUGCACUGUACCAUGUCUUAUAAUUUUAAUGUUGUCAAUGAACUACGAUAUAAAGAGGGCAACAUGAGACUUAGAACGCAAAAACAAUUUUACAACUAAUUUGCGUAUUCGGAUCUCAUGCGCAUGAAUCGUCACAAUCAUCAUAAAA